GAUUUGACACAUGUCUACAAAGGAUUGGGGCUUCACUCUGCAACUUGAAGAAAGAGUUAGCCAACCCAGUUGACCAUGUUUUCUUGCAUUUACAUUGAGAGAUGGGUGCAAGAACUGGGCAAUUACUUGUAACCAUAUUCAUACAAAUUUGGAUAACUACAGCACAGAAUAGAGAUCGUGUUUCUCUGCUGGCUCUCAAGGAUGCUUGGCAGAACACACCACCCAACUGGGACGAUGGCUCCGACCCAUGUGGUGGCAGUUGGGAUGGCAUCACCUGCACCAACGAUCGAGUGACUUCGAUAACUUUGGCAAGCAUGCAAUUGACCGGUGGGCUCCCCGGAGACAUUGGGGAGUUGACUGAAUUGCAGAUCCUAGAUCUAUCUUACAAUAAGGGUUUGACCGGAUCACUCACUCCAGAAAUUGGUAAAUUGAGGAAAUUAACAAACUUAAUCGUAGUUGGUUGCAGUUUCAUUGGUCCAAUUCCGGACACCAUUGGAAAUCUUGAGAGGCUUACAAUUUUGUCUCUGAAUUCAAAUGGCUUCACUGGACCCAUUCCGGCUUCCAUUGGUAAUCUUAAGAAUCUUUAUUGGCUGGAUCUCACCCAAAACAAGCUCACUGGGAGUAUACCUGUUUCUAAUGGGAGAACGCCUGGUCUUGAUAUGUUGACUCGUGCAAAACACUUUCACCUAGGAGACAACCAGCUUUCAGGUGCUAUCCCACCUCGGCUCUUCAGCUCAAACAUGAUUCUGAUUCACCUGUUAUUUGAAAAGAAUCAGCUUACAGGCAGUAUUCCUCUCACACUAGGACUUGUGAAGUCUCUCGAGGUCGUACGACUUGAUAGGAACUCUUUGAGUGGCAAUGUCCCAUCAAACAUCAACAACCUUACCAAUGUGAAUGAGAUGUACCUAUCAAACAAUCAACUGACCGGCCCUGUACCCAAUCUCACCGGCAUGCAAAUUCUCAACUAUCUGGAUUUAAGCAAUAAUACGUUUGAUCAGUCGACCGUUCCUUUAUGGUUUUCAACUCUGCAGUCUUUGACAACUCUUAAGAUGCAAAGUACAAACAUUGGAGGAGAACUGCCUGCUGCCUUGUUCAGCAUUCCUCGGUUGCAGAAUGUCGAUUUAAGCAACAACAGACUAAAUGGCACCUUAGAUAUUAGCUCGAACCCCAGCAACCAACUUCAACUUGUUAAUCUGCGGAGUAACCAAAUUGCGGACUUCACCCAACGACGCCGAUAUAAUAUUAGUUUAAUACUGGUUGAUAAUCCAAUAUGUAUGGAAUCGGGAGUGACUGAUGGAUAUUGCUCUCUUCCCACGAACACAAGUACCUCAUAUUCAACACCACUAAACAACUGUGUACCACCUUCAUGUGGUUCAGGCCAAGUUUCCAGCCCCAACUGUAAAUGUGCAUAUCCAUACAUGGGUUCAUUUUUCUUCAAAGCACCUUCCUUCUCGGACCUUGGAAAUUCGACUGUCUACAACUCCCUCCGCGAUUUGUUGAUGACUUUCUUUCGCAAAGCCCAACUCCCUGUAGACUCGGUGUCAUUAAAGAAUCCUAGCAGAAAUUUGGAUGAUUACCUUGUGAUUAAUCUUGAAGUUUUUCCAUCUGGUGAAGUAAAUUUUAAUAGGACCGGGAUUCUUGGGCUUGGGUUCGUGCUUAGCAAUCAAACUUUCAAGACUCAGAAAGAUUUCAACACCUACGUCUUCAUUGCUGAAAACUACGAUUUCUUGCCAGGAGUAUCAAGCCCGAAACACAAGUCAUCUAACACUGGAGUUGUCAUAGGAUCAAUAGUUGGUGGUUGUGUGCUUGUGAUAUUAUUGGUAUUAGCAGGAGUCUACGCUUUUCGCCAGAAAGGACAAGCUGAAAGAGCCACCCAACAGACCUCUCCUUUUGCACUCUGGGAUCCAGCCAGUGGAAGUGGUGGUGUUCCUCAGUUGAAAGGAGCAAAAUCCUUCACCUUUGAAGAACUUAAGAAAUAUACCAACAAUUUUUCGGAGACUAACAACAUAGGAGCCGGUGGAUAUGGGAUGGUAUACAGAGGAAGUCUUCCGAAUGGACAGCUAAUUGCCAUCAAAAGGGCUCAACAGGGAUCAACACAGGGCGGGCUCGAGUUUAAAACUGAGAUCGAGCUUCUUUCAAGAGUACAUCACAAGAACGUUGUGGGCCUCAUCGGUUUUUGUUUUGACCAGGGUGAACAGAUGCUGGUUUAUGAGUAUAUCGUGAAUGGUACUCUUAAGGAUAGUCUUUUAGGGAGAUCAGGUAUCAGGUUGGAUUGGAUGCGAAGGCUCAAAAUAGCACUCGGAGCAGCACGAGGGUUGCAAUAUUUACAUGAUCUUGCUGAUCCUCCUAUCAUACAUAGAGACAUAAAAACAAAUAAUAUCUUACUAGACGCACGAUUAGUCGCAAAAGUUGCUGAUUUCGGCCUCUCCAAGCCAUUGAGUGAUGCCAAUAGGACUCAUGUUACCACUCAAGUCAAAGGGACCAUGGGAUACAUGGACCCUGAGUACUACAUGACUCAACAGUUGACGGAAAAAAGUGAUGUUUAUAGCUUUGGAGUUGUGAUGUUGGAGUUGAUAACCGCAAGAAAUCCAAUAGAGAAAGGCAAGUACAUUGUGAGGGAAGUGAAACAAGUGAUGAACAAGAGUAAAGAACUGUACGACCUACACGAGAUCCUUGAUCCGACCAUUGGUUUGAGCAGCCAACUUAAAGGUUUGGAGAGGUUCGUGGAUAUUUCAUUGAGAUGUGUCCAAGAGACGGGAAAUCAAAGGCCAACAAUGAGUGAAGUUGUGAAAGAGCUUGAGAGCAUUAUGGAAUUAGUGGGCCUUAACCCUGGCACUGAAUCAUCAUCGUCAACUUCCGCAAGUUAUGAACGCACAAGCGAUGACUACAACCAUCCUUACAGUAACGAUAGCCUUUUCGCUUAUAGCGGAGGUUUUCUCCCCAAAAAGUUGCAGCCCAAGUAAGAUUUUUCGAUUUUACA